CAAUUUAUGACAGUCAAAUCUGAGUGGUGGUGCAAUUGAGCAUUUUACAAAAAAGGAUGAGUUCUAUGCAGGAGUCCAUAGUUAAAUCUUAAAAGGGAAAAAUUAAGGUACAAAAGGGGAAGGACAAUGGUAAAAAAAAAGAUCAACUGACUGUCUGGUAAAGAUGAAACCGAAAUUCAGAAUUUCAGGUUUUAUAAAUAGAUAUAAUUUUGAUUUUAAUUGUUAUUUAUAGUGGUUUAUUAUAUCAUUUAGCAGUGAUAUAGAUAGAUAUCAACGUGCUCCAGCCAACCAGGUGUACUAUAGUUCCUCCUGUCUUCCCUGAUCAUUUGUAUAUAUAAGAAUAUGAAAUCAUGUUAGAACCCCAGGACAGAAUUCGGAACGCGGUCAUAGAAGGGAAUCUUUUGAUAGCUCGAAGACUUAUAACCAGAUUUCCUGACCUUUGGUUGAACUCAGAUCCUAAUAACAAUGGAUGGUCGAAUCUUCAUUAUGCUUCCUAUUACGGCCAUUAUCUUAUAUGUUUCCAUUUAAUAUCUUAUAUCAAUAAUAACCUUGAUGGUUUGAAAAGUCAAUACAAUCUGCUUGAUCUAUUAAGUUUCGAUGGACUUUCAGUACUACAUACAUGUAUCUUAAAUAAUCAUUAUCAAACUUUACAUUACUUAUUACAAGAGUUCCCCGGUACUUUAUGGUUGAAUCACCCUGGUGGUGAAUUCAGUCGUACUCCUUUACAAUAUAGUUGUGUACAAGGGUUUGAAGAAGGUAUCAAAUUAUUACUUGAAUUUGGAGCUGAUUGGGAAACUCAAGAUAGCGAUGGGAAUACAUUAUUACAUUUAUGUUUCCAAUUCAAUAAGUUUGAGUGUAUUCAAACCUUUUAUAAAUUCUUAAUUAUGAAUUCAAAGGAAAAAAGUAAGAUUAUUCAAAAGAUCAAACAAUUUGAAUUAAUUCAAAAUAAUAAAGGUUGGAUAGCUACGGAAUAUACUACCAGUAAUGACUUUAUGAAUAAAUAUAAACAAAUGAAAAAAGAAUUAUUCACCAUGAAUUUUGAUUUCCAAGAAUCAAUCCCAUUAACUGAUAUAAGUUCUUCAAACUCAUCAUCAAUUAAUUUAAGUAGUUCAGCAAAUCGGUCUCAAACCUCCUUAUUAGAAAAUAAGGUCCUUGCCAGUCCAAUAGUACCGAUGUCACAAUCCCUGUUAAAAGAUUAUAAUGAUACCAUAAACACAGGUACUGAUAAUAAUGCUACUAUCCCCGAGACUCAAAAUCAAGAUACUAAAGGAAGGGCGCAUUCUCAAUCCUUACCAGCGGUAGUAAUGGCGGCCGAAAAUGCUUCAUCAGGUUCAUCAGCAAAAUCAGUUAAAGCUGGUUCAACAAGAACACGUUCAAAUACUUAUAAUUACAGACCACCAAAUCCAAUUAGUGCAUCACCAAGAGCUCCACAUACCCCUAUCAAUCAACAAGCUCCUACCAAUAAACCACCAUCAUUAAAAUCAAUCACCAUAUCUCCUUCCAUUAGAAAUCCAUCUAUCGAUGAAGAUAACAGCAAUAGUAAUGGUAAUGGUGCCAUACCAAGUUCACCUGUUUCAACCUUUUCAAGUAGUUCUUCGAUAAAUAUGUCUCCAGUUCAUUUACCGGCUAAUCGUAGGAAGAGUUCAUCAUUUUCUAAGGGUUCAUAUCAAUUAUCAACGGUUAACAAUACAUCUAUAGAAGAAAAUGACCAAUGGCCAACUCUUAUUACAGCAAGCCCAACUAAAAUUAUACCUCAAACCAUUCAUGUAUCAACUAUAUCUUCUGGUAUUACUCCAAGUUAUAUUCCUCCUGUUCAGCUCCCGCAACAAACAAGGUCGGAUCAUAAGGUAUUAACAAAAUCAAAAUCCAUAUCUCCAGAAAAAGUAUCAGGUUCAAGUUCAACAAAUUCAGCUACAAGUUUAUCAAAGAGUGAAUCAGGUAAAACUAGAUCAAGGACAUCUUCUUCAGCAUCAAUAGCUGCUAAAUUAGCAUUCAAUAACAACUAUAACAAUAACAGUCCAUCUUCAACCUCAUCAUUAUCUUCAACAUCUUCACAUUUGCAUAAUGGAUUACCUAUACACCAUCUGGAAAUCCCUCGAAGAGGUCCUUCAUUAUCCAACAACUAUAGUUCAUCAAGUGUUAAUCGAAUUAACUUCAAUGCCCGUUAUGAAGAACCUCACACCACCACUUCAUCAUCCUCCACUGCAUCAGCAUUAAGAAAAACUAGAUCGUCAGGUACGUUAACUAGUGGCCACAUGGAAAAUCCAAAUACAAGAUCCAUACCGUCUGCUUCUACUACAGCUGCAACUCUUGCUACAUCUAGUUCAGGCUCAUCUACAUCUACUGAGUCUAGUUUUAGACAAAAUAAGAUUAACAGCAUUAGUUUUAGCAGGGUUCGAUAAAUAUUUUGGUACGCGACUGCACCCAAAAAAAGUAAACAGCAUUUUUUUGGCAGCACUGGAUCAAUUUUUUAUUUAUGUAAA